UCCACCCACCCCACGCUCUUCUGUACCCCUGAAGUCAACUCCUCUCUUCUCCAUUCUCCUCCACUGCGCACCACUCAACACUUAUCACUCAUCACUUUCUUUCGAUUCCAGUCUCCUUUUGCAACCUGCGCGCAAAUUCUCUUUUUCUCCAUGGGCAACGGUAUAGCCAAGAUAAAAAGUUGCUGCUUUACGGGUUGCGGAGUCUCCGGCGACCUUCGCGAAUCCGCCGCCGUGACGUCGGAGCCGUACGACGGUGGUUUGGGCCAUACUUUUUCAUACGUCCGACCAGAAUCGUCCAUAUUUUGGUCGGGCCCCUCAAAGGUUCACCACUCGGAGGAGACCACCACCUUCGGCUCUAUCUCCGGCGCCGCAGUAAGCGCCAAUCCCGCCACUCCCCUCUCAACCGACAUAGACGCCGGAGCCGGAGCGGCCUUUAAGAGCUCGGCCUCCUUCUCAUCCGUCCCUCUGCAACCCGCCCCCCGCUUCUCCGGUUCGCUCUCUGGCCCGCUUGCCGACCGUGGGUUCCUAUCGGGGCCGAUUGAGAGAGCUGGAUUCAUGUCCGGCCCGGCGUUUGGCCGCCGUGGCGGCACACUCCGUCGAAGCCUUUCCCACGGCCUAGCGCUUCGCAGCCGCGCCGCUGCUUCGCUGCUUCGCAGCGUUACCACAGUUAUCUCCCGUUCUAUCUCAGCCCCUCUGAGAGAAUCCGUUUCAUCUGGAAGCAGUUCGACGCUUCAGCUGAGUUCAUUCGCCGGUGGAGCUUCCGAGCGCUACCAAUGGGCACAGGGUAGAGCAGGGGAGGAUCGAGUUCAUGUUGUGAUAUCAGAGGAGCACGGAUGGCUAUUUGUCGGAAUCUAUGAUGGGUUUAACGGUCCUGAUGCAACAGACUACCUUCUUUCUAAUCUGUACUCCGCCGUGCAGCAGGAGGUGAAGGGGCUGCUAUGGGUUGAAGAUAAAAAUGAAACUUUUGAAAUCUCCUCGGAUAAUCAAAUCGCCGGCGACAGUAAAAAUGAUUCCUUUCCAAAUGAGAUGAAAGGUUUAGUUUCACCGGAAGAAAACACAGUAGAAGGAUACCAAAAGAGGAGGUCUUGGAAUCCAGCGAGAAAGUCCGAGGAUAAUCAGAAGAGAUGGAAGUACCAGUGGUUUCGGGAGAGAUUAGAAUUGGAUCGAAGCGUUAGGAAUCAAUUAAGCCGAUCGAGCUCCAGGGGAGCAGAUACACAUGCCAAAGUGCUGAAAGCUCUUUCUGUAGCAUUGAAGAAGACAGAGGAAGCUUUCUUAGAAGUUGCAGACAUGAUAGUUUCAGAGAAUCCGGAGCUGGCUCUAAUGGGUUCUUGUGUGCUUGUGAUGGUGAUGAAAGGAGAGGAUGUUUACCUCAUGAACGUUGGAGAUAGCCGAGCAGUUUUGGGUAAAAAGGCAGAGCCUGAUAUUUGGGAUUCAAUGAGGAAUGAGAGAUUGAACUUGGAGAGUAUAAAUGAGGAGACUUUACAUGACCUUGAGAAUUAUGAUUGUAGUGAUGAUCAGAUGAACGGUUUGCAGAGUCUAGUUUCCCUGCAGCUUACAAAGGAUCACAGCACCAGUGUUGAGGAGGAAGUUAAGAGAAUAAGAAAUGAGCAUCCUGAGGACUCUUCUGCCAUUGUAAAUGAUCGAGUCAAGGGAUCAUUGAAGGUGACGAGAGCUUUUGGGGCUGGCUUUUUGAAGCAGCCCAAAUGGAAUAAUGCAAUUCUGGAGAUGUUCAGAAUUGAUUACAUUGGAACCUCACCAUACAUCACAUGCAACCCUUUUCUAUCUCAUCAUAGACUCAGCUCAAAAGAUAAAUUCCUGAUACUUUCUUCUGAUGGACUUUAUCAAUACUUCACAAAUGAAGAAGCCGUCGCCGAGGUCGAGUUAUUUAUUUCGACGAAUCCGGAAGGCGAUCCUGCACAACAUCUUGUAGAAGAAGUUCUCUUCCGCGCAGCCAAAAAUGCUGGUAUGGAUUUUUAUGAGCUGCUGGAGAUACCGCUUGGGGACAGAAGAAGAUAUCACGACGAUGUCUCGAUCAUUAUCAUCUCCUUCGAGGGAAGAAUAUGGAGAUCUUGUCAUGUAAAUAGAGGAAAUGUAGAGGAUAUAGAGUUUACAGUUUUACCCAAAAAUAAUUAUUGUUUUUAAUUUUUUUUUUAAGUUAUUAUUGUGCUGCAUAAUGUUGAUUUUUAAGUUUUA